CAAAGAUGUGAAAAUUGUAGUUGAAAUAAAGAGAGUACAGACUACAGAGAAGCAAUGAUCAGUGUCAGUUACUUGAAUCUAAAGUCACUUCUUCUUUCUUUCUUUCAAAUCUGAGAUUUUCCUAGUAUUCGUUAAACACGUCAGAUCAAGUGGGCUCACACACACCACCCCGACCACAAUUAAACUCUCCAAAGUAGAGUGGCAAUGGCAUCCCUUUAAAUAGUCCAAAAGUAUAAGGAUAUUUCAGUCAAACCCUUCUUCAUAAUAUUUGAUGUUCAACUAGAAAUAAGCCUUUCCCAACCAAAGAUUUAAUUUGUAACAAGAGAAAGAGAGAGAGAAUGGCAAUGCCACUCAAAUCAACAUCUUCUUCUAUGUCUUCUUCUCAAUGUUCAUCUUCUUCUUCACCAACCUCAAGCUCCAUGAAACUCAAAUCCCUAAUACAAACUCUCAUCAUUUCUCAAGUUUGUCGGCUACUCCGAGAAAUAUCUAGAGUUUCAUCCAUUCUUGUUAGAGUCUUGAGAAAGAAGCAAUACAAUUUCUUGUCAGUGUCUUCUUUACUCUAUCCAAAGAGAGUCUCAAAGAAACAAAAGAAUAAUAUAUUAUUCGGCUCCUUCAGACUUCACUACAACUUUUGCUCCUCUCACGUAGUGCCUGUCUCUGCGCCAGUGCGUCUCCCGGAAGAGCUCUACUUAGCUCAUCUCGUACACGAAUCGACUUGGGAGUCAAUGUACUCCACUGAAUCCAUGGAUGGUCGCGAUGAUGAUGAUCAAGAACCAUCUCAGCUCUCUAGCUAUCUAAGACAGCUAGAGGAUAAAGUUAAAGACGGCCAAGAAGAGGAGACAGAGACGAUGAUGAAUGAGAUUGAUAAAUUGGCUGAUAGGUUUAUAGCAAAUUGCCAUGAGAAGUUCAUGUUGGAGAAAGUUGAUUCAUAUAGGAGAUCCCAAGGAACCCUGAAUAGAAGCGGUUGAUAACGAUGAUGAUGGGGCCUAAUUUGUAUCUUUCAUUUCUUUUUAUGUGAUUUCACUUUUUCCUUCUUUUCUUCUUUUGAAACUCCUCACAUGCAUAGUUUGAAUUAUCUGAAAAUGUGUAUUGGAAGCAUAGGGAUAUAUGGAUUGUGUGGUGUUUGUUGUGUUACAGUCUAAUGAUGAUGAUAUUGAUGGUGGUGGUUUAUAAACUAGAAUAGACGACAGUCCAAAAAGGAGAAGAGAGGAUACAAAUGGAAUGGAUUUUUGUAACUUUGGCUUUUGUGGUUUAUGACGUUCUUUUGCUACUAUCUUCUGAUAUUGUUGUUUUCUUUUGGUUGUAUACAACGGGACCAAUUUCGAUUUUCAGUUUACUUAUCUGACUUUUCUAAGAUCCAUCAGAAAUAAAAUAUUUCCUUAAAUAA